CUCCCCUUCCAUGAAGGACAAAAGAUCUCUCACAAGCAAAGGAAAGGAGGAAGUGAAACUGAAGGGGGGAAAAAACAGAUUCUGCAUCCAAAAUCCAUCCACUACGGUAGUCCACAUACUCUCUGCGUUCUGGCACCAUGGCCGGGCUGAGUGUAGUACUGGAGACCACCCACAAGAACCACCCGGGGAAGAAGCCGCCGGCGCAGAUCAUCAGCAAGGCCACCCUCUUGAUCCACGGCCCCAAGCAAAAGCACGUCUCGCCGCCGCCGCCGGCGAGCUCCUUCCUGCAGCGCUGCUGCCUGUGCCACAGGGAGCUCGCCGAGGGCAGGGACAUCUACAUGUACAGAGGCGACCGGGCGUUCUGCAGCGAGGAGUGCCGGCGCCAGCAGAUCUUCAUGGACGAGGACGCCGGCAGCAGCUGCUGCGCCAAUGGUGCAGGUGCCGCCACCGCGCGCGGCAGCCGGCGAGUCGCUGGCGGCGGCGGCUCCGUCGCGUACUGAUUGAACAGCCGUACGUGAUGAGUUUAGCGCGGCCAGGCUAUUGCUUUGGGCAGAACCAGAGAUCCAAGAGAGCAUUAAUCAUGGAGGAUGGGAUUAACAGUGGGUUAAGCAGAGUAGAUUAGUGUAGAUGAGUAUCUGACAGCUCAUCGCCGUGGGUCCGAGCGCACGCACAAGAAGAUGCUAGUGCUGCACGACCAGUACGUGGCAUCUGGCUGGACGUACCGGAUAAGAUGGCCAUGACUUGGACCCCGCCGCUCUUGGGCCCCACGUCUGAAGUGGAUCAGGAUCGAGCGAGUAAUUAGCGGGGAGCCUUUUGUCAUGCCUCUCACCUCCGAUAGAGAUUAGCUUUACGCAAGCGAAACUAACUGCGGUUAAAAGGUGGGUCGCUGACUAAGGCCUAUCGCUGACCGGAGUUAGAUCUUGUAUUCUUGUGUGUGCACCGUAUGUACAAGGUUGGCGGUAUCUCCGGUUCAUGGAGGUGGAAUGCCACUUCUCUUUUUCGUCCGUUCUUCUUCUUGGAUUCGACCUUUGCAUUCUUCCGUUGUGUCAAAUAGCUCAAUAUUCCGGUGAUGUUAUCGUACCAGAUGAUGAUCUUUCAGAGAGCUUAUUAUUA